AUGUUAUUCGCUAUCCUACCUGUUCUGUUGAUUGGCACGUGCUUGUCUAUGAUGGAUCAGUCCUAUGCCAUCCGCGGAAAGUUACUCUGCGGGCCAAGACCAGCAACAAACGUCAGAAUAAAGCUAUGGGAGGAAGACACUGGGCCAGACCCGGAUGACUUACUCGAUUCGGGUUACACAGAUUCCAAUGGUGAAUUUCGUCUUGGCGGUGGUACAGCAGAAAUGACACCAAUCGAUCCAGUUUUCAAAGUCUAUCAUGACUGCGAUGAUGGCAUCAAGCCAGGAAAACGGAAGGUGAAAUUUUAUCUGCCAAAAUCGUACAUCACACGAGGGAAGACACCCAAAAAGGAGUUCGAUAUAGGUUCGUUAUUCGAGAUCUUUCUUUAUGGAUAUAUACGGUGUCUUGAACUUGGAGACGAUAUUUCCCAAAGAAGAAAGGGAGUUUAUCGUUACGAGAAGGCGUCGAGCAAGGAUGGAAGAUAUUGA